AUGGAGGAUAUCUCAACAGUACAAACAGAAUCGGAGAUCCCUCUUGACCAUCCAGAUAUCCAAGAAGCAGUCCAGAGCGCUAUAGAAGCUGCAAUACUAUCUCCAAUUAUUCUGCCACCAGAAACAUAUGCAGACGUAUUAGAAGAAGCCAUUGAAGAGUUACAGAAGAUAAAUUCAAGCAGAUAUCCUGGAGCUGCACGUAAAGGAGGAUGGGUACUGGAUAAUUUCCCUCCACUAAUGGACCAUUGGAUUGCUUUGUUAGAAAAAGGACUCCUACCUGAUAUUGUGAUAUGUUUGAAGAAUGUUGAACGAAAUGGACAGCUGGUAGUGCAUAGACUGUAUGAAGCAAAUAAAGAAGAAAUUGAUGCUCAGAUUAUGCAAAGUCUAAUAGACGAUGCUUUGAAAAAGAAACAAGAGGAAGNAGGAGCAUAUAGUUAUGGGCACUAUUAUUCCUUAUGA